AGAGAGAGAGAGAGAGAGAGAGAGUUUGUGCUGAAUUUUGCAGGGUUUGUUAGUGCGAUUUAAAGCAGUAGAUUGAAUUUGUGCAAAGAAAAUUAAUUGAGAUUUUAAGGCUAGAUUUCUGCCCACUGAAGGUGUGGAUACACAGGUGAAGCCAUGGAAAACAGGGUUCCAUUUAUUCAGCAACAACAGAGUGCUAAUUUCUCAGGAAGCGAGGUAAAGGAUGCAUUGUAUGAAGAGCUAUGGAAAGCCUGUGCAGGUCCUUUGGUGGACGUUCCUAAGAUUGGGGAAAGGGUUUAUUAUUUCCCGCAAGGCCACAUGGAAAAAUUGGAGGCAUCUACAAAUGAGGAGUUGAACCAAAGGAUACCGAUGUUUAAUCUGCCUCCGAAGAUCCUAUGUCGUGUAUUCAACAUUCAGUUACUGGCUGAGCAAGAUACUGAUGAAGUUUAUGCACAAAUUACCCUGAUGCCCGAAGCAGAUCAAACUGAACCGAGAAGUCUGGAUAAUUGUCCUGACGAGCUUCCUAGGCCUGCCGUUUCCUCCUUCUGCAAAGUUCUCACUGCCUCAGAUACGAGCACACACGGUGGAUUUUCUGUCCUCCGAAAACAUGCAAACGAGUGUCUUCCACCCCUGGAUAUGAACCAACCGACUCCAACUCAGGAAUUGGUUGCUAAGGAUCUUCAUGGAACUGCAUGGCAUUUUAAGCAUAUAUUUAGAGAAGCUGUAAAUCAAGAAUUCGGAGUUGGUAUGAGAUUCAAGAUGCGGUUUGAGGGGGAUGAUUCUCCAGAGCGAAGGUUUUCGGGUACAAUUGUCGGGGUGGAGGAUAUUUCUCAACACUGGAAAAAUUCCAAAUGGCGAACAUUAAAGGUUCAGUGGGAUGAGCCUGCAUCUAUUCCAAGACCAGAGAGGGUUUCUCCAUGGGAGAUCGAACCAUUUGUUGCAACAGUCCCCACAACAAUUCAACCGGCGAUAGUGAAACAUAAGAGACUUCGGCCAAACAUUGAAAUCCCACUACCAGAUACUAUGACGUCAACUGCAUCACCCUCCCGGAAUCCAUCUCAUGAUCAACUAAAUCAUGCUUUCGAAGCACCAAGGACCAACAACACUGUUAAUUUACUGGCUAAACAACAAUUGGACGGAGGCUGGAAUUCCCCGCUUGGUAUAAAUGCCUCCCAAAACACGAAUGCUGAUGAAAAAGAAGAGAGCGAAAAUGCUUUGGGUUGGCAAAAAUCGGAUAGUGUUGCCUCGUGCAGAUUGUUUGGGUUUGACUUGAAAAGUUCUUCAGUCACAGCCAUUUGCGAGAAUUCCCGUAUAAAACAUGUUGAUAUAAUUAAUGAUGUUAGUGAAGCAUACGUUCCGAGUAGUAUGUCCUCAGGUGAUUCGGAACAGAAAUCAGGUGUUUCAAAGGAAGUUCGAGAUCCAAAGCUAGACCAGUUGCAAGUUCUGGCCAAGGAAAUUCAGAGCAGGCAGAGUAACUCCUCAAGAAGUCGCACCAAGGUACAAAUGCAAGGUGUUGCAGUUGGUCGGGCUGUGGAUUUGAGCACUUUAAGAGGAUAUGAUGAUCUUAUAAUUGAACUCGAGAACAUGUUUGAAAUAAAGGGUGAGCUACGCCCUCGAUAUAAAUGGGAAAUUGUUUUUACAGACGAUGAAGGGGACACGAUGCUCGUGGGUGAUGACCCUUGGCCGGAAUUCUGUAAUAUGGUCCGGAGGAUUUACAUAUGUUGUAGUCAAGAUGUGAAGAAGAUGAAAGGAGGCAAGCUGCCAGAAUGUGAGGACUAACUCCAUACUUGAUUCUUCUUUCGUAUUCAUUUCCUUGAGAGGGGUAUGGACCAGUUUUGGUGUGCUGCAGAAAAGUUGGAAGAAAAUGUCGAUUGCGUAUGUAAAUAUUAGGCUUUUGUGUGUUGUGGUGAGUGUGGAUGAGGUGGUUAAAGGCGUUUCUCGUCUUGUAUUUAUGUAAAUAUGCUAAAACUUGUUUGACAACAUGGUGAGGUAAAUGAUUGAGGUUUUCUUUGAUGAAUUUGGGACAUUUUUGUGAGGUCAUCUGAUGUUACUGCUUUUUUCCUUAUUGGGCUCUGUUUUUAUUU